AUGGAUGUCCUCGACACCGAUCAUCAUGAAAAAUCAAAGGUGAUCGGUGGGCUCUCGGCUACAAAAGGCGACGAUUGCGCGGCAGCCUACCCCGCUCGGCGUAUUCCUUUCUUAACACAGUGUUACAUCACUUUCACUCUUUCACUGUCUACAUUUUAUACCUUUGUAACAAUAAUCGUGGCGACCGAUCAUGGCUGUGAUUAUUCUUCUCCAAGCCGACUGAACUUCAACAACGAGGAACCCGUGGGUGACUACGACGCACUGUUUUCGCGGCUCGGUUCAAUGGCAAAGGUACGCUUAGAAAUGUUCGACCUAAUUUAUGAGAGCUAA